AUGCGCAUUCUCUGCCUUCUUCUAGCUUUUGUAAUCGCUCUGCACGCCCCGUCAUCGUGCAUGGCCGACGAGUACAGGGCUACUCUGGAUGGGUUCUCUGUAGUGCCUCCACUGAACAUCAGCAACAAUGGCACAGCCACCUUCACAUUCAAAGAGGAGGACCACACGGCAGUGAUGUACUUCCAGGUCAACAUCACCGCUCCCGGUGGUGCGCGAGCAGCAGAGCUGCACCAGGCAUCGACACAGGACCCCCUCAACACCAACGGCAACACCACAGCUGUGCUCUGGGGGCCCCAUGACCCCCACCAGGACAAGCCGGUGGAUGGGCAGCUGGGGGCAGGCAAGCUGACCACCCCAGAUCUGUUUGGGCCGCUGAAGGGGCUGGGCAUCAUAAACCUGAAGGACCAGAUCGACAACGGGGGCCUGAUCUACCUUGUGAUCCUCACCAAAGACCACCCAGAAGGAGAGAUGCGAGGGCAGCUGAUCUCAGCAGAGAACCCAUAUGCCACAGACAUACUUGCUGUGGCGGCAGGCUGA